CUAUGAUUUUCUUUGUUUCUUGUGCUUUAAGCUCUCAACCUUAGGACUAUAAAUCAUUGACCACUGUUUUGGAGACAAUACAAGUGAAGUUAAUGUUCUUCAUUAAUUAGUAUCUGAUAUAUUCUCAUAGCUGUUAAUUAGCUCUAUAUACUUAUAUGAAAAUGAGAAAUCAGAGUUACUUCAAAGUUUUGAUUCUUUGUUUCUUGGUAGCAUCAACUCAUGCUCAAUUGCAGCUAGGAUUUUAUGCUAAGAGUUGUCCAAAAGCUGAGAAAAUCAUACUAAACUUUGUUCAUGAGCAUAUUCACAAUGCUCCAUCACUUGCUGCUGCAUUAAUAAGAAUGCACUUUCAUGAUUGUUUUGUCAGGGGAUGUGAUGGAUCAAUCCUUUUGAACUCAACAACAAAUCAAGCUGAAAAAAAUGCACCUCCAAAUCUUACAGUUAGAGGCUUUGACUUCAUUGAUAGAAUAAAGAGUCUUGUUGAAGCUGAAUGUCCUGGUGUUGUCUCUUGUGCUGAUAUAAUAGCAUUAUCUGCAAGAGACUCUAUUGUAGUCACAGGUGGUCCCUUUUGGAAAGUACCAACAGGUAGAAGGGAUGGUGUGGUAUCUAAGUUGCAGGAAGCAACUCAAAACAUACCUGCUCCAUUUUUCAACUUCACUUCCCUCCAAACUUCCUUUGCAAAUCAAGGACUUGAUUUAAAAGAUUUAGUCCUCCUCUCUGGUGCUCACACAAUUGGUAUCUCACUAUGUACAUCAUUCUCAAACCGUCUGUACAAUUUUACUGGAAAGGGUGAUCAAGAUCCAUCACUUGAUAGUGAAUAUGCAAAAAAUCUCAAAACCUUAAAGUGCAAGAACAUCAAUGACAAUACUACAAUAGUUGAAAUGGACCCCGGAAGUAGAAACACAUUUGAUCUUAGUUACUAUAAUCAAGUUGUUAAGAGAAGGGGUUUGUUUCAAUCUGAUUCUGCUUUGUUGACUAAUUCAGUUACAAAGUCUCUAGUGACUCAACUUCUUCAUGGGUCAAUUGAAAUUUUUUAUGAUGAAUUUGCCAAAUCAAUGGAGAAAAUGGGACAAAUUAAAGUUAAGAUAGGGUCAGAAGGAGAAAUUAGGAAGCAUUGUGCACUUGUAAAUAGUUAAGAAUAUUGUUUUGUUGUCAUUUAUAUUUUUGGGUCUUGUUAUUUAUUUAUUUAUGUUGUGUCUUCAUAACAUAGGCCCCAAUGGUUUAUGGUAUGAAUGUUCUAAUCUAUGUGUGUUGUAAUAAUUGUUAUAACAAGUGGGUUCAAUCAAUUGUUAAUUUUAUUUCUUGGUUUGAUAGUACAUUAUGUGCUUAAUUGUUGAAAUAAAAGUAGAAUUGGUAGAGAA